GGCGGAAGUGGCUUGCGGGCGCCGGAGUUGAGUGCUUUCCGGUGAGGCGACCGCCGCGGUGGAAAGUGCAGGAGUGGGAGAGGAGGAGGAGGAAGAGGAGGUGAUGGCGACGGACCUGGGGUGGGGGAGAUGCUCCGUCUAGCUGAGGCGCCACCCAGACUGCCGUCACCCUUCUGGGUGACAUACCGGCCUUGGGGUACGCGUGCCUUCGGGGCCUUUCCUGUGUUUGGGACCCAGAUCUUCUCUCCUCCAGAAAACCUUGGCACUGCCCAUCUUCCUCACCCAGAAGGAGCGUUCGAGGAGUGGAUGAGGUCGAGAUGGAAGGAACGGGUGACUCCCUUUUUUUAAAGAGCGGAAACCGGCCGGGCGGUUUCCAGGGAGGAGCAUCUGUUCCUCCUCGCCCGUUUUUCGCCCUCGGGCUGGCGAGAACUCCCUCGGGUCCCAAUCCGUGGACUCGCAGGGGUGAGGUGACCUCAAGGGGUCUUUUACGCUGUUCUCGGGGUCUCUGGAGAACUGUCAGUCACCUGGAUACCUCUAGACUGUAUUUACAGUUAACUGUUUCCUGGUUCCGUGUUUAUUAAAUAGGGGCACUCCAAGGCCAUGAUUGAUUCCGGAGCGCAGUUAAUCAAGGCAUAAUGGCAUGGACUUGACACAGCAAGCAAAAGACAUACAGAACAUAACAGUCCAGGAAACCAACAAAAAUAACUCUGAAAGCAUUGAAUGCAGCAAAAUAACAAUGGAUCUCAAGUUCAACAAUUCCAGGAAAUAUAUUUCUAUCACUGUGCCAUCCAAAACCCAAACAAUGUCACCACACAUCAAGUCAAUUGAGGACAUUGUGGUACUUGGCAUGAAUCUCAGCAAGUUUAACAAACUUACUCAGUUUUUCAUAUGUGUUGCUGGAGUUUUUGUAUUUUACCUAAUUUAUGGGUAUUUACAGGAAUUAAUAUUUUCAGUGGAGGGUUUUAAGUCCUAUGGCUGGUACCUUACCUUAGUGCAGUUUGCCUUUUACUCCAUAUUUGGCCUAAUAGAACUUCAGCUUAUUCAGGACAAAAGGAGGAGAAUACCAGGAAAAACCUACAUGAUAAUAGCUUUUCUAACUGUGGGUACUAUGGGGUUAUCAAACACUUCCUUGGGCUACCUGAAUUACCCUACCCAAGUCAUCUUCAAGUGCUGCAAAUUGAUUCCUGUUAUGCUAGGAGGAGUUUUUAUUCAAGGAAAGCGUUAUAAUGUUGCAGAUGUGUCUGCUGCCAUAUGUAUGAGCCUUGGCCUGAUAUGGUUUACCCUCGCUGACAGCACAAUUGCACCAAAUUUCAACCUGACAGGUGUGGUGCUUAUUUCCCUGGCAUUAUGUGCAGAUGCUGUCAUUGGAAAUGUUCAAGAGAAAGCUAUGAAACUUCAUAAUGCUUCUAAUUCUGAAAUGGUACUGUAUUCGUAUUCAAUUGGUUUUGUAUACAUUUUACUGGGAUUGACAUGCACUAGUGGAUUAGGCCCUGCAGUAACAUUUUGUGCAAAGAAUCCAGUUCGGACCUAUGGUUAUGCGUUCCUUUUUUCCCUCACUGGAUAUUUUGGAAUCUCCUUUGUUCUGGCUUUGAUUAAAAUUUUUGGUGCACUUAUUGCUGUAACAGUGACAACAGGAAGAAAAGCAAUGACCAUUGUACUUUCGUUUAUAUUCUUUGCUAAACCAUUCACAUUUCAGUAUGUAUGGUCUGGUUUGUUAGUUGUCCUUGGUAUAUUUCUCAAUGUUUACAGCAAAAAUAUGGAUAAAAUAAGACUACCAUCACUGUAUGAUUUGAUAAACAAAUCAGUGGAAGCAAGAAAGUCAAGGACGCUGGCACAAACUGUAUAGACAGUGAUUGUCCUAUUUAAAAUAGAAUUUUAAGGGAACAAUCAUCAAUUAAUUAACUUUCCAAAGGGACUGAUAAAAACCAAAGGAUCUGGAGGCAUUGCUAUCCCAUUUGUGGAUAGAUUUCAUAUGAAGUUGUUUUGUGGUGUCAGCCUUUUCUUCAGAGCAUUUGUUUGACUGACUUCCAAAGCAAUCAAGAGAGCCACGUCUAGCAGACUUUACAAUAAAAUGUCAAUAUGAAGAACUGUAAUUCCUAGCAGUUUAUUGAGAAUUUCACUGGAAAUGGACCAUGUGUUGCAAGACUAAUUGGCUAUAAUUAUGUCAUAUCAAAGAAAUCAAUAUGUAAUAGAUUGUUUUAUAUUCAUUCCAUUUUGAUGGUGUUAUUUAAAUUGAUUCUCUGUUAUAAGAGUAAACUGAUGAGUUGAAGUCUGGAGAGAAUAACAUUCAUUAUAAAUAAAAUUAUUCUGUGAUCUUUUUUCAA